CUUAUUACUGACGAUUCGUAUUUUCAACAGUUGCUUUUCAUUUCUUCAAGAUCGACUCCAUGGAUCCGAAUCCAAACAACUUUCCAAUUCUAUCGUAUGUGAUGUCCAAAAUCCCUAGUAUUGGACCCCGACGCGGAGCCGAUUCACCAGGAUUCGACAUUGAGAUGCCGCAAUCGUCUUUUGACAGUCCUUUGACUUCAUCUUCUUCAAACGAGCCAGUAUUUGAUCUCACUGAUCGGAUGCCUCGUCUGACUGAUCCCAAAAUCAUUGCCUCAAUGCGAUCUGCCGUCUCCGAGGUCGCUCAGUCCCGAGCAGUUGUCAGAACCUUAGGCCAACGUCCAGAUCAUGAAACAGUUGACACCGCGAAAGCAAAGCUAGCAGAGAUCGAGGCAUCGUUGUCAAAGCAACUGGAGGAGGUUGUUCUUUCGCCUCGUCCGAGCGAUGUCGAUAAGCUCGAGUGGCGUGCGCAUCUCGAGGACAAGGAGAAGGAAAGCAGGGACGCGGCGGAGAAGGAAAGGCAGAUGUAUAGAGCGGUUAUUGCUUUGGAUGAAUUGCAUGCUUCCUAUGAGAAGAUGUUAAGUGAGUCUGAGAAGAAGCUGGAAAAUAUUUACGAGUCGGCUGUGGCCGGACGUGAUUUUGAUGAAGUAAAUCUUGCUUCUGUUGAGGAGGAGGUGGUGGAUGAGGUAAACGAGGAAGUUGUGAGCAUUUUGCAGGAUUCCUCAGGAAUGGAAAUACAGAGAAUUGAUCUAUCUAAUCGCCUGUUGCGGUUUCUACCUGAGGAGUUUGGGCGUUUUAGCCAAUUGCUUGUUCUUAAUCUGUCCUCGAAUCAACUUCAGAUACUUCCUGAUUCAAUUGGAGGCCUUACAAAUCUUGAGGAGCUUAUUAUCUCUUCAAAUCUUCUAGAGACUCUUCCAGAUUGCAUUGGGCUACUUCUUAACUUAAAGGUUCUCAAUGCUUCAAGCAAUAAGUUAGUUUGUUUGCCAGACAGCAUUUGUGGUUGCAGGUCUUUGGUGGAGCUGGAUGUUAGCUUCAACAGAUUGACUUACUUGCCAACUAACAUCGGCCACGAACUGGUGAAUCUAGAAAGGCUUUCAAUUCAACUAAACAAGAUCCGAACACUUCCAACAUCUGUAGGUGACAUGAGGUCUUUGCGUAUACUAGAUGCUCAUUUCAACGAGCUUCGUGGCCUUCCAAACACAAUUGGGAAAUUAUUGAAUCUCGAAAUUCUGAAUCUGAGCAGUAAUUUUAAUGAUCUGACUGAACUCCCUGAGACAAUAAGUUUGUUGACUAAUUUGAAAGAAGUUGAUCUGAGCAACAACCAAAUCAACGCUCUUCCUGAUUCAUUUGGGCGUUUGGACAACAUAACGAAGCUUAACUUGGAGGAAAACCCGCUAGUGGUCCCGCCGAAGGAAGUGGUUAGGGAAGGUGUGGAAGCGGUUAUGGUGUUCAUGGCUAAGAGAUGGCUGGAUAGAUUAGUGGAGGAAGAGGAAAGGAGUAUGAUUGAAACGCGAGAGGAAGAAGUACAAACUGGUUUGCUGUCUCGUAGCUCAUCUUGGUUGAAGACUUAUGCUACGUCUCUAUCGGGGAGAUUUGUUGGUUAUCUUGGAAAUGUUGGUAAGUCGCCGAUAGAUCCUUCUCUCGAUCAACAGCUAUAAAUGAUGAGUUUGGAUUCUUCGUUUUAUUUAUUUUAUUUUUAUUUUGAAUAUUUUCACAAGUUUGAAACUUUUUUAGUGUUUUGAUAAGUGAGUUUUGGAAAUGAAAUAUGAGCUUAGACUUUGGUUGAUUA